CUGAGCAGUGGGGAGGAAGUGGCGCUCGAAGUGGGUCCGCACCUUUUCCGGUAACACAGCACUGCCGGGCAAAGGGGAGAGAGCGAGCAAGAGGGGCGAAGAGAAGCCAGAGAGCGGGGAGAAACGAUCAGGGUCUGCGGGGUGGACAUUAUCCGCAGAGGCGGGGAAAAGAGAGAAGAAAGUCGGAUGAAUUAGUGACAUUGUCGGCCCUUGUUCCUCUUCAUGUCCCGCUGUCGCGGACCGAGGGGGAUUUUGAAUCCGUUUGUCCGGAAGAAACAGUAGCAGCUACGCAACUGCCGCGGUGAAUUUCGUCGACAGGCCCCGGGGCGAGUGUGGACAACCGGCGGCCGAAGAGGAAGUGAGAAGCCUGGGCUUUGGACUGGGCCUGCCUCGGUGGAAGAAGGCGUCGAGACUUCCGUGGAAAUGUUGGUUCUGAAGGGCACAGGUUAGACUGAGGCACCCUCACUGUUCCCGUCAAAGGGCUAUACACACACCCACUCAGGUCACGCAACACACUGUUGCGUCCGUGAAGAUUUAUUUUUUAUUUCUUUAUUACCGUUGUGAAAGUAUUUAUGCGCGUUGAACACGAUGGGGAAAAUGCUGUCAAAGAUAUUUGGCAACAAGGAGAUGAGAAUAUUGAUGCUUGGACUUGACGCCGCUGGCAAGACCACCAUCCUGUACAAACUGAAGCUGGGACAGUCGGUCACCACCAUCCCCACUGUGGGCUUCAACGUGGAGACGGUCACUUACAAGAACGUCAAGUUCAACGUGUGGGACGUGGGCGGCCAGGAUAAGAUCCGUCCGCUUUGGCGACAUUACUACACGGGCACGCAAGGCUUGAUCUUUGUGGUGGACUGCGCCGAUCGGGACCGCAUUGAUGAGGCCCGCCAAGAGCUCCACCGUAUCAUCAACGACCGUGAGAUGCGCGAUGCCAUCAUCCUUAUUUUCGCCAACAAGCAGGACCUGGCCGAUGCCAUGAAGCCCCAUGAGAUCCAGGAGAAGCUGGGCCUGACCCGCAUCCGUGACCGCAACUGGUACGUGCAGCCCUCGUGCGCCACAUCUGGCGACGGACUCUACGAAGGCCUCACCUGGCUUACCUCAAACUACAAAUCUUAACCCCGCUCGGAGAUGACGCCACCUCUAGCAAUUAUAUCCUCCUUUUAAUUCCCAUUUUUGAUCACUCACUUUUAGGAUUGUAAAGGGAUGGCAGGGUUUCGGUAAAUUUCCAAGUCAAGUUAAGCUCAGAAAUUUGGGAAAUGCAAUUACCAGGGUUCACUGUAUUCCAAAUUGGAAACUUUCCAUGGAAAUUAACACACACACACACAAAAGACCAAGGGAGAACUUGAAAAACUAAAUAUGCUCGCAAAUCAAGGCACACUGCACUUAAAUUUGGUCAGGAUUACGCUACCAUAUAUUUCCCCUAAUAAUGUUAACUAACCUAUUUAGAGCCAAACUUAGUUCUCUUUCAUUCACAGAUUUUUAUAUUUUUUGCGUGAACUGGAUCUCUCGUUUUCUCACUUCAAUUUUUUUUCUUUCAUGGCACUUAAAAUGAGUUGAAUUAAUUUCCGAGGAAAGUUUCCAUCCCAGGACCUUCUUCCCUAAAAACCCCAAAAUGUAUUAUUUACUUUGCUUUGCUCUUAUUUGCAAAUUUACCAUCCCAGAACCUUCUUCCCUAAAAACCCCAAAUUUAUUAUUUACUUUGCUUUGCUCUUAUUUGCAAAUUUACCACGGCGACUUUCAUGAAUCUCGCCACGAGUAUUCCGGCUACGUAUCCAAAGUUUGAGAGUCUUUUGAGGACAGAACGUUUGCCUUUAUCAGCAACAUUUUCCCGGACAUCAACAACAAGUGAACACUUUUUGGACAUUGGACAUUCACACACUGUGAUAUGGAUCUCAAAUUUUUUAUUUAUUUUUAUUUUAUUUUUUUAUUUUUUGCUCAUUGUCUCACACAGAGCUUCCAUGUUUGUAGUUUCAGAUGCCUUAACACACACACAAAGGUUUUUUUUCAGGGAAGGGCUGUUCUCUGCUGCACUUGUUUAGUUUGACUGACCUUUUCGGACCCUGCCAGGCUUUUACCACCUCCAUUUUGGUGCUCAAAUGCUCCAUGUUCCUCUGUCAUCGUCACGUACUUUUGUUCUAGGCUCUUUUUUUGCUAUGCUGAUUUGAAGUAAUAAAACAAAAAACAUACAUGAUUACAUCCA